AAAUUAAAUCACAUUGUCUAUUCCUCUUGUUCUAUUUUUCUUUGCAAUUUUGUGAUGACGUUCUUGCAGUAACCGCUCCGUAAUUAAUAAAAUUACAAUAACUCCGAGAUGAAUAUCAAUAAUUUAGAUGAUGAUAUUAAAACAUCAUCAACUCUCGAUGAAGUAAAUAGUCCUAGGAAGAAGUUGCGUUUGGAUAACUCUGCACGUAAGACUUGGAGCCUGAUGAAUAUAAAAACGGAUCAGGAGGUGCUACAAGAGAUGGGAGUAAGUUUGUUAGAACAGGAUGAGGCGGAGAACACAUGUGAAAUCACACAUGUGACUCACAAGCCUAAUUUAAAACGGAAACAUGAUAUAGAAAAUGUCAACCCAAAUAUCAAUAGUAUCUCUCCGAGGAGAUUUAGUCCUAAGAGCCCUAAGGUUAAGAAGCCCUGCGCAAGUCCUGGACCUUCUAAAGCCAAAAGUCCCUGGAGUCCGGAUAAGACUAAACAAGAUUUAGAAACCACGUUAAUAUCAAACUAUUUAAUAGAAGAAGAAACCCCGUUAGCUCAAAUAACUCAAUACCAACCACAAGAUUCGGAGUUUGUUGCAAAUACGUCUACAGGAAAGAAGAGUUUUACAUCUCUAGGUAUGGAAGAAGUAAUUAAUAGAAGAACGAAAUCAGAACCAACAGGAAUCGACACUUUCUCUAUAUUAUCCGAUGAGAUGAUUCUGAGUGUAUUUAAGUGGUUGCCAAAAAGAACUUUAGCUCAUUGUAUGUUGGUUUGUAAAAGAUGGUAUAGAUUAGCCUGUGACGAAAGUUUAUGGCAACGUCUAGAUCUAGGCAAUAAAGUGCUCUCUAAAGACGCCCUAGGGAGAGUCCUAGCUAGGAAACCUAUUAUAAUAAGACUGGCUAGUACUGAGAUAGGUGAAUGGCAUCCCACAACUGCGGUCACACAAUCUAGAAUACAAUAUCUAGACCUAAGCAUGUGUUCAGUAGACCAAAAGACCUUGGACAGUCUACUGGAAAGAUGUACUUCUCUGAGGAAACUCAGCUUGGAGAGUGUUCAAAUAAACGACAGUACAUGUACUAUUAUUGGUAAAUGUAAGAAUUUAGAAACAUUAAAUCUGACAAUGGCCAAAGGUAUUACAGCUGAAGGAUUGGAAGAAAUAUUAAAAGGUUGUGUUAGUCUGCUGUCACUGAACAUAUCUUGGUGUAAUUUGAACCAGGAGGCAUUGCAAGUACUGGUCACCUGUCUACCCCAGAAACUGCAGAGGUUGAACGUUGGCGGGGCGAGGAUAAUGACUAACGAUAUGGUCCAACAAUUAGUAGAAAGAUGUCCUAGAUUACUAGAAUUAGAUCUGUCAGAUUGUUCAGUGUUGUCAGCGAUUGCUGUCAAGUCAGUGCUGAAUUUGUCUUGUUUGGAACAUGUCGCGCUCAGCAGAUGCUAUUUGUUGCCUCCGCAUGUGCUCACAAAAUUAGGUAGUAUGUCGUCAUUACAAUAUCUAGAAGUAUGGGGGAUGUUACAAGCGGGGUCGUUAACAGCUCUACGCGCUGCUCUACCCGGGAUGCAAAUAAACCAGUUUAUGUUCAGCGCGAUAGCUCGCCCUACAGUUGGAGCUAGACGGACUUCUAUUUGGGGAUUACGUACAAGAGACUGAUUUAUUUAAAAUCGCAGCCUUUUUUCUCCAUGUAAAAACAUGUUUCAUAUAAAAAAUUAGUUAUAUAUGUCGUGUGAAAUCAAAAAAUAUAGCCAAUGUUUGAUAA